AUGGGGUUCCAAGCCGUCUGCAGAGCUCUAUAUGACUAUGUGCCGCAGGCAGAUGCCGAGCUAGCCAUAAGCGAGGGUGAUUUGCUAUACAUCCUGGACAAAAGUUCGGAUGACGGAUGGUGGAAGGCCAAGAAGAAAGCCAACACUGACGAUGGCGAUGAACCGAUUGGUUUGGCCCAGCCGCAGGCAAAAGCUCGCGCAGUAUACGAGUAUACUCGUCAAACUGACGAAGAAUUGUCUUUUCCGGAAGACGCUGCGCUUUUAGUCUACGAUGCAUCAGAUGAGGAUUGGAUACUUGUUGGCCUCGGCGACGAAUAUGGCUUCGCGCCCGCCAACUAUCUCGAAAUGCAGGAUGGCGCCACCGAAGCAGCCGCUGUGCCACCUCCAGGGCCUCCGUCCUUGCCAGUACGCCCGACACCGUCCGCAGUGGACGAAGACCAUGAUUCUGCCGAUCGAGCUGCCGCCUUUUCUUCUUCGCCCCCGUCUUCUCAUGGCAACCCAGCUGCUGCCUUGGCAGGGGUCAUGCAAGGACGCUCGGCACCUUCGGCAGCGUCGCCGCUGACAAGGUCGCCCACAUCGCCGUCAUACCACGCUGCAGACGACGACGACGGAGGUAGGAUUCAGUCCCCCGAACUACCUACCAGGCCACGUUCUCAGAUCAGUUCUCCCCCGCCGCACGAUUCUGCACGCAGGCAGACCAGCAUAUCCGAUACAAAUAUCGCCCAGCCACCGGCGCAAUAUCUCGCGUCGGGAGGGUUCCAUAUGUAUAACAUCAAUGAGAUGGUGUCGGUCAUGGGAAAACGUAAGAAGAUGCCAACUGUUCUGGGCAUUAAUUUAGCAACUGGAACCAUCCUCAUCGCGCCGGAGAGGACACAAGACGGCCCCACACAAGAAUGGACAGCAGAAAAGAUGGUUCACUAUUCGCGUGAAACAAAACACGUCUUCUUGGAACUCGUCAAGCCGAGCAAAAGUGUCGAUUUUCAUGCCGGCGCCAAGGACACGGCCGAAGAGAUCGUGAGCGCUCUCGGUGAGCUGGCUGGAGCUGUUCGAGCUCAAGGAUUGCGCGAGGAAAUAUUCGCCGAUGCUGGCAAGGCUCAGAAGAAGGGUCAGGUUCUUUACGACUUUGUUGCACAGGGGGAUGAUGAGGUUUCAGUAUCAGUUGGCGAUGAGGUCAUCAUCCUCGACGAUGCUAAAAGCGACGAAUGGUGGCAGGUCCGGCGACUGAAGAACGGCAGUCAAGGUGUCGUGCCGAGCAGUUACAUCGAGGCGACUGGCAUAACCUCGCCAGCAACUAGGGCAUCAAACUCGAACGCUGGUCUGUCCACAGUCGAACAGAAUCGUCUGGAAGAGAUUCGAUUGACCAAGGAAGCCAUGAAAGCUGCCCAACAUGAUACACAAUCACAGGUAGGGCCUGAACCCGACGCAGCCAAGGUUCGAACUUGGACUGAUCGGUCAAAGUCCUUCAGCGUCGACGCGCAAUUUCUCGGCCUGAAGGAUGGCAAAAUCAAUCUGCACAAGAUGAAUGGCGUCAAGAUUGCAGUUCCCAUCGCCAAAAUGUCACUGGAAGACCUUGAAUACGUCGAGGCUGUCACUGGCAUCUCAUUGGACGAAGAUAAGCCACUCUCCAGUGUGAAGAGGAACAGCAAGACUCCCGAUUCUCGUGGCACAUCCGGCGCAGCCUCAACUGCCAGGUUGGGAGCGGGCGCAUCUGUUGAACAGCCACCACAGAGGCCAGAGUACGACUGGUUUCAGUUUUUCCUGUCAUGCGACGUUGCUGUGGGCGUAUGCGAACGUUAUGCACAGGCAUUUGCCAAAGAGUCCAUGGACGAGAGUAUACUUCCUGACGUUGACGCCUCGGUGCUGCGCAAUCUUGGCCUUCGCGAGGGCGACAUCCUCAAAGUCAUGCGUCAUCUGGAUACAAGAUUUGGCCGGACAGGUUCACGCGGAAAACGCAAUAAAGAUGGUGCUGGCUUUGAUGAUGAUGGUGGUGAAGGUGGUUUAUUCUCGGGUCCUGGCGGGGCUUUGCGCAAUAAUACCAGGAAGGGCAGGCCUGCACCUGCUGUCCAGACGAGCGACGUGGUAGAUGCACAAGCAUUCGGUGCCCGAACAGAGAACAAAGCACCGGAGUCUCAAAAUGUGCAGACUCGGGAUGGGAACGGCGACCAGUCCAAGGGGGGGUUCGAUGAUGAUGCUUGGGAUGUCAGGCCUGGCAAAUCGGCCGAGGAGCCCAAGAAGGUGCAAGCGGAGCCGACGAAGCCGACGCCAGCGCUGACAGGGUCCAUGCAAGAGCUCUCUCUCCUUACGGCGCCUCUAGAACCAACAAAGCCACUGUCGAGCCAAACAUCAGGGUCCAGUCCUGCCACACAACCGCCAGCGGUAAGCCCACAGCCGACUGGUGCCACGCCUGCUUUCUUUGCACCUGCCAACAUGCAAAACACUCAGCAAGCUCAACAACAGGCUGCGCAGCGUCUGCGUCCUGCUCUUCCCCAGGCCUCGCCCACCCAAAGCUCUCUUGUGCCUCCACCACCAGCCCGCCCAUUGUCAGCUCCUCAGUCGGCGCAGAACAGCGGAUUCGCGCCUCCAGCACUGGCCCCCCAAAUGACGGGUCUGAACUAUCAGACACGGGUCGCUCCUCCUGGCCAGAGUUUGGAUGAGGUAACUCAGGCACGACUUCAACAGCAAUUUCUUCAACAGCAGCAGAUCCAGCAGCAGCAGCAGCAGCAGCAGCAGAUCCAACAGCAGCAGAUCCAACAGAUGCAGCAGUUUCCAAUGCCUGCGUACAGUGGUCAGCACCAGCUCGCGUUCCCGAAUGCUGGAGUACAACCGGCGUCCCAGUUCGUGUCAGCUGGAAUGACGGGCACGAUUCCGCCACAGGCUACCGGUCCCUUUGGCGGCAUCAACCGUCAACCCCAAUUCUCUCCUAUGCAGCCUCAGGCGACGGGCUAUGUUGGACCAUAUCCGCAGGCGCAGCCCUUCAACCCGCAGCCUACGGGUACCAUUAACAGUUUCUUGCCACCAGCCUUGGAACCACAGCGUACUGGCCUGCCUCCUUUCCAGCCCCAACCAGCCGGCUUCACUGGUAAUGGUAGUGCGGCACAGACACAGCCUCUUCAACCUCAACAGACAGGGCCUGCUCCUCCUGUGCGAUUCGGAGUCACGGGGGAGGCCAAGAGGCUCGCGCCCCAGCCCACAGGUCGACGAGCAAACCUGUCUCAAGCCACGCCUAACAACCCAUUCGGCUUUUAA